CAAAGAAUUGUAAAAGCCGCCAUGCACACACAAAAAACUGGACACAGUAUGUAUUACCACAACAUGGUUACACGUACACAAAGAAUUGUAAAUUAAAGCCGCCAUACAUGACCACGUACAUCCCUACUUCAUUUUUCUGAGAGUUAUCACAACAGCAAUGUUCUUCGUUCACUGCUUAUAAAUACCAAUCUAUCCUUCUCUAUAAGCUCACAAGCUUGAGUGAGAAAAUAAGACAGAAAAGAAAAGAAAAGAAAAUGAGGUAUUUUGCAGUACUAGUUGUGUUCUCUCUUUUCUUCAUGGUAAUGUCCUUGCAGGCACAAGGACAGCGUGUUGGUUCUAUUGUUAGCAAAGCACUGUUUGAUCAGAUGUUGAAGCACCGCAACGACGGCAACUGCCCCGCCAAGGGUUUCUACACCUACGAGGCUUUCAUAGCUGCUGCCAAUUCCUUUGAAGGUUUUGGAACAACCGGAGACGCCGCUAGAGAGAUUGCAGCCUUCUUGGCUCAAACUUCACAUGAAAUUACAGGUGGAAGUGGGUGGCCUGGUGCACCAGAUGGUCCAUAUGCGUGGGGAUAUUGCUUCGUCCGGGAAAGAAACGAACCGGACUAUCACUGUGACUCGAGGAAGGGGCCAUGCCCUCCCGGUAAAAAGUACUUUGGCCGAGGACCCAUCCAACUCACUCACAACUACAACUAUGACAAAGCUGGUAAAGCCAUCAAGGCGGAUCUCAUAAACAACCCGGAUCUGGUAGCCACAGACCCGAUUAUAUCAUUCAAGACUGCCAUUUGGUAUUGGAUGACUCCACAGUAUAACAAGCCCUCGAGUCACGAUGUCAUCACCGGAAUAUGGAAACCGUCGGAUGCGGAUAGGUCAGCUAGUCGGGUCCCGGGUUACGGUGUGAUCACUAACAUAAUCAAUGGUGGGUUGGAGUGUGGCAAAGGUCCAAAUGAUGAGGUGGCGGAUCGGAUUGGAUUUUACAAGAGGUACUGUGACAUACUGAGCUUGACCCAUGGCAACAACUUGGAUUGCUACAAUCAAAAGCCUUUUGGGCCAUAAAUAGCUCAUAUGUAAAAGAAUUAGAUUACAAGAAUAUUAGUUAUGUCUAGCUAAGUAAAAUAAAGGGAUAGAUAGACCAUGCUAUGUAACUCUAUCCAAAUAAAGAGAAUUUUAGAAGUACUUAUUGUAUUCUCAGUUUGAGAAUUUGUAGUUAUUGUAUUCUCAGUUUGAGAAUUUUUAGUUUUUCUGUAUAAUUUUGUUUCUCUUCAUCAGGGUGAAAUUUAGAUUACUUAAAUUUGUCUA